AUGCCCAAUUUCACUGAUGUAACAGAAUUUAUCCUUCUAGGGUUGACUAGUCGUCCUGAGCUGCAGCUCCUCUUUUUUAUAGUUUUCUUGAUGGUCUACAUUGUCACCCUGCUUGGUAACAUUGGAAUGAUCAUAUUAAUCAGGAUCAGCCCUCAGCUCAGUAGUCCCAUGUAUUUUUUUCUCGGUCACCUGUCUUUUGCAGAUGUGUGGUUCUCUUCUAAUGUCACCCCUAAAAUGUUGGAAAAUCUAGUAUCUGAAGUGAAAACCAUCUCCUACCCUGGGUGCAUAGUGCAGUGUUUCUUCUUCAUUGCCUUUGUUCAUGUGGAAGUCUUCAUCCUGGCAGUGAUGGCAUUUGACAGGUACAUGGCAAUUGGCAACCCUCUGCUCUAUAGCAGCAGAAUGUCACGAACUGUGUGUAUACGACUGAUCUCCUUCCCUUACAUCUACGGCUUCUUUAUCAGUUUAAUCUCCACAUUGUGGACUCAUGGUUUGUACUUCUGUGGGAACAUUGAGAUUAACCACUUCUACUGUGCAGACCCAGCUCUCAUCAAGAUGGCCUGUGCUGGGACCUUCAUUAAAGAAUACACCAUGCGCACCUUAGCGGGUCUCAACUUCUCUUACUCCUUACUUGUUAUUAUUGUCUCUUACAUAUUCAUCCUUAUUGCUAUCAUAAAGAUGCGUUCUGCAGAAGGAAGGAAAAAAGCCUUCUCCACAUGUGGCUCCCACUUGACAGCUGUCACCAUAUUUUAUGGAACACUUUUCUUCAUGUAUCUCAGAAGCCCAACUGAGGAAUCUGUGGAGCAGGGGAAAAUGGUAGCUGUGUUUUACACCACAGUUAUUCCUAUGUUGAAUCCCAUGAUCUACAGUCUUAGGAACAAGGAUGUCAAAGAAGCCAUGAGCAAGGCCAUCACUAGAGCAUUUUCAGAAAAAUAG